AUGCUCCGAAAGCGCUGGGGCGCCGCCGUCAGUCGAAGACGCUGGGUUUCUACCAUAGUCUUGUACAUGGUGGCUCUCGUCGCCUCUCUCACUUUCAUGGGAAUGGGCAUCUAUUCCAUCACCGGUCCACGCGACGCAAAGAGUCUUUGGUCCUUGGGCAUGGGUGUCGUUUCCGAAACAGCCCUCAUCAAUGACAUCGAGCUCCCCGCCUCCAUCGGUAUCAACAACCUGUUCUGCAUAUUUCUUGCCAACCUCCCGCAACUUAUCUUUUCGAUUCUGUACUUCCAAUACAAUGCCAUUUUCACUUGUAUGCUGGCCGCCAAGGAGUGGAGCGAAUUCGGCGUUCGGCGAAAGCCAGUCCGCGUCUCGUCCAGCCCCCGGGGGUGCACAACGGACACGGUACUUUUUACAGCUUCCAUACGCAUUUAG